UUCAGUUCGUUUGAAAAAUAAACAAAAUUCUUUUACAAAUCCGAUAUUCGUUAAAGGCAAAAAAUAAGAAGAUAACAUUCUAGUUAUUUUAAGUACUGACUAGAAUAUAACCCUCUUAAAAACUGUGCCAGAUGAAUAUCGAUGUGGGAGUCCCUGAGGAUGAAGAAGGACCCGGCUUCCGUUCAUACUUUACGCAGAAAAUAUCCGAGCUGCAGUUUACUGUUAACGAACGCCAGAAGAACUUGCUCCGUUUGCAGGCCCAAAGGAAUGAGCUGAACUCCAAGGUUCGCUUGCUGCGCGAGGAGUUGCAGCUGCUCCAGGAGCAGGGCAGUUACAUUGCUGAGGUAGUAAAACCCAUGGACAAAAAUAAAGUCCUUGUAAAGGUCCAUCCUGAGGGGAAGUACGUCGUGGACGUGGACAAGGCCAUCAAUAUCAAGGAUGUGACACCCAGCAGUCGAGUAGCUCUUCGGAAUGAAAGCUACACUCUACACAAAAUCCUUCCCAAUAAGGUGGAUCCUUUGGUUUCCCUGAUGCUGGUGGAAAAGGUUCCGGACUCCACCUACGAGAUGGUAGGUGGCUUGGACAAACAGAUCCAGGAAAUCAAGGAGGUGAUCGAGCUGCCUGUGAAGCACCCAGAAUUAUUUGAUGCUUUGGGCAUUGCCCAGCCAAAGGGAGUUCUCCUCUACGGGCCUCCUGGAACUGGCAAAACCUUACUGGCCCGAGCUGUAGCCCAUCACACGGAGUGCACUUUCAUAAGGGUUUCAGGAUCGGAGCUGGUGCAGAAAUUCAUUGGCGAGGGAUCCCGAAUGGUGAGGGAGCUCUUCGUUAUGGCCAGGGAACAUGCUCCGUCUAUAAUCUUCAUGGAUGAGAUCGAUUCGAUUGGUUCCUCUCGGCUAGAAACCGGAACUGGAGACUCGGAGGUUCAGCGGACCAUGCUGGAGCUUCUGAACCAACUGGACGGCUUCGAGGCCACUAAAAACAUCAAAGUAAUCAUGGCCACCAACCGUAUCGAUGUCUUGGAUCAGGCCUUACUGCGUCCCGGUCGCAUUGACCGCAAAAUAGAGUUUCCACCACCGAAUGAGGAGGCCAGAUUGGACAUUCUUAAGAUUCAUUCGAGGAAGAUGAACCUCACCAGGGGCAUAAAUCUGCGUAAGAUUGCGGAACUGAUGCCUGGGUCUUCGGGGGCUGAAGUUAAGGGUGUUUGCACCGAGGCUGGGAUGUAUGCCUUGAGGGAAAGACGCGUCCAUGUCACCCAGGAGGACUUUGAAAUGGCCGUAUCAAAGGUGAUGAUGAAGGACUCCGAGAAGAACAUGUCCAUUCGAAAGUUCUGGAAAUAGCUUCAGUAUAUUCGACCUUCUAGAUCAAUAUCAUUCCAUCUUAUGUAAAAGUCUGUUAUCACUGAAUAGAACUAUUUUCGAUCUACCUGUAUUUCUGCAUCAGAAAGACAAUAAGAAAAAUAAACUCAUGGAAAUAA